UGAAUCUGGUUUAGGGACGGCGAGAAGGAAGGAUUUCUUGCGUCCCCGGACCGCUGCUGACUGAGAGGAAGGGUUUUGUGGGGUUAUGGCCACCAGAUGAGAUGGGGUUCGAUGACCGCUGAGCAAGGAUAUCACAGUGCUCGUUGCCUCAACUUUUGCCUGUGAGCCUUUGUAUCUUGGUAUUUUUACAAUUAUGGAUCACUCUAUGCACCAUAUGGACGGGGUCGACCAUGCAGCCAGCAUGGCGGCGGGGAAGAGCGCGUGCAAGAUGAAUAUGCUUUUCACCUGGAGUUCAGAUGAUCUCUGUAUUGUUUUUGGCUGGUGGCAUAUACGGUCUGGUCUCGGCUUUCUGAUUUCGCUUGUCGUAGUCAUGGCUCUUGCCGUGGGCUACGAGUAUCUGAGGAUAUGGAAUUCAGCAGAAUCUACAGGAUCAGAAGAGAGUCUGCCGAGCCCGUCUAUCACGAGACCUAGAGACAGACAGCUGAGGAAGAUUAGGCUGAUAAAGUCGGGAAUCUACGGCUUGCAGGUUCUCUAUUCGUUUUUCCUUAUGCUGGUGUUUAUGACAUAUAAUGGUUGGGUUAUGCUCGCGGUGGCAGCAGGCGCAUUUACAGGACAUUAUCUAUGGGCAUCGCGACUGAGCCGGCCGGCGAGAGGGCUGUUUUGUCAUUAGCUGUGAUAUAUGACCGAUACAGAGGAUAUAGAUGUGCAGAGGGAGAUACUAUGCAUGACAAUAACAGAUCACACACAACAACCGUAACAUAAGAGUCCGCGCACUCGGUGACAACUUCCCGAAACUGUUGUUGUUAUUGCCUGUCUGGAAGAGUAAAAGCAAUUAGUUUACUAAUCUAAAUAAAGUGUCGAAUGUGCAGCGUUGCUGUGGCAACCACACAACAAUACUGUCUUGUGG